UGGAGCACCCUAAGCCCACGGUGGGCAGUGGUGGGUCAGAGCUGAACCCCAGGGCUUGGUUUCUCAUCUUUCUCUCUUUUUUUCCUUUUGAUCCACCCGACCCCCAAACAAAAGUCAGUGCCUGAGCAGACAGAGACAUUUCUCCUUUCUCACUCUCUAGGGAAGACCCCAGAUAACCAUGGCAGGGGAGAGAUGCCACCCAAAGUCAUCCAGGGAGAUGGGGGGUUGGCAUCAAGGGCAAGCAUGGGGAGUUUCUGUGGCUGCCUGUGGGUUACGCUGUGUUACCAAGGCACAUGUCUGUCUUUAGGAGUCCCCUGAGGGGUGCCUCACACAGCGAGGGCAAUCUCUGUCACUACUGUGAACUCGUCCCUUGGUUUGGGAGUGGGAAGGUGCAGGGCUAACAGAUGACAUUUGGAAGGGCAGGAAAUACCGGGCACCUACAGGCCUCCCCAGUGGGAUCAGAACCCAGGCAGCUGGAGGCUGAUUUGGUGAAUCAGAGGAAAAACAAGAAGGAGCUUGAGGUCCUGGGUUCCCGUCCUGGCUCUGCGGCAAGCUCUCUGUGGUCUUGGGAAAUCCGCUUCCCUCUAAUGCCGAGAUGACAGACUGGGCAGCAUGGUCUGGGUGGUGCCUUUCCACCCUGAGGUCAUACAGCCCUGGGGUGAAGCUCAGAGUUGGAGGGCUCAGGCCUCGCUUGUUCUCCUGCCCCUCCCUCAUUCCCCCACCCUGCCUGACUGACAGCUGGGCCAAUCGGGGCUAUUUAUGGCUUGGCCUGAUGUUGUGCUCCCCUGCGCCUCCCAUGCUGGGCCCCACCCAGCUCGGGCCCAGCACCCACCUGCCUAGUCCACCAGCAACAUCGAUGGGAGUCCUGCUGCUUUGGCUCUCCCAGAAUAAGCCAUGCCCUGGGGAAAGAACUCCUAUCCCCACUGGGGACACCAUCUGAGGUGCCUUCCCUCUGCCCCUGCCUGCCGGGUCUGGGGGCCCCACUCCCGCCCAGCCUGGGAGACCCCUCGGCCAUCACCACUGCUGUGUCAAGACAUGGCCCUGCAGAAUGCCCUCUACACCGGGGACCUGGCAAGGUUGCAGGAGCUGUUCCCCCCGCACAGCACAGCCGACCUGCUGCUGGAGAGCCGGGCCGCAGAGCCUCGCUGGAGCAGCCACCAGAGGGGACUGUGGUCUCUGACAUACGAAGAGGAGCUGACCACCCCACUGCAUGUGGCGGCCAGCCGUGGCCACACCGAAGUCCUGCGGCUGCUGCUGAGGCGGCGAGCAAGGCCAGACAGUGCCCCUGGGGGCCGCACCGCCCUGCACGAGGCCUGUGCUGCAGGCCACACUGCCUGUGUUCAUGUGCUGCUGGUGGCAGGAGCCGACCCCAACAUCGCUGACCAGGAUGGGAAACGCCCCCUGCAUCUCUGCCGGGGGCCUGGCACCCUUGAGUGUGCGGAGCUGCUCCUGAGGUUUGGAGCAAGAGUGGAUGGUCGGUCCGAGGAGGAAGAGGAGACCCCUUUGCAUGUGGCUGCCCGGCUUGGCCAUGUGGAGCUGGCAGAUCUGCUUCUAAGACGGGGGGCAUGUCCUGAUGCCCGCGAUGCCGAAGGCUGGACCCCACUGCUGGCUGCCUGUGACAUCCGCUGCCAGUCCACUGCCGAUGCGGAGGCCACCACGGCCCGCUGCCUGCAGCUGUGCAGCUUGCUGCUUUCAGCUGGAGCAGACGCUGAUGCUGCCGACCGGGACAAGCAUCGACCCCUGCACCUGGCCUGUCGCCGUGGCCAUGCAGCUGUCGUGGAGCUGCUCCUGUCCUGUGGCGUCAGCGCCAACGCCAUGGACUAUGGGGGACACACACCCCUGCACUGUGCUCUGCAGGGCCCAGCUGCAGCCCUGGCCCAGAGCCCCGAGCACGUGGUUCGGGCUCUGCUCAACCACGGUGCCGUCCGUGUCUGGCCAGGGGCCCUCCCCAAGGUGCUGGAGCGCUGGAGCACGUGCCCUCAGACCAUCGAGGUCCUGAUGAACACCUACAGUGUUGUGCAGCUUCCCGAGGAGGCUGUGGGCCUGGUGCCCCCUGAAACUCUGCAGAAACAUCAGCGUUUCUACUCCUCCCUUUUCGCCUUGGUGAGGCAGCCCAGGUCGCUGCAGCAUCUGAGCCGCUGUGCGCUCCGCUCCCACCUGGAGGGCAGCCUGCCCCACGCGCUGCUCCGCCUCCCCCUGCCACCGCGCCUGCUCCGCUACCUGCAGCUGGAUUUUGAGGGCGUGCUCUACUAGAUGUCCACGGCCUUUUGAGAGGGCCUGAAAGCAGAUGCCCCAGCCUGCAGAGGGCGCGCCUCUGCACUAACUCAGGCCAGGUAGCCUAGCAGCGGAGGCCCAGCUGCGAAGGCAGGUGUGGAUGCUGCAAUUCCCAAUGCAGAGAAGCGGACUAACAGCCACAGCCAGAUGAUGUCUGAUGAAGACACACUCCUGUUGGGGCUCUCCUGGGGCCCCCUUCCAGCCUGUGCAAACCCUGUAUGUGCAUUAAAAAUCUUCAGGUCUGUUUUGGUACUGUC